UGGUGGAAAUCUGAAAUAUAAACAGAAAUGGUUGGAAAUAUUCAGCAGGUCAAGAAGCAUCUGUGGAGAGAGAAAACAGGAUUAGCGUUUCAAGUUUGAAUCUACAUCAGAACUGAGAAUAAAGGAUCACCAGACUGAUUCUGACGAAGGGUCUCAGGCCUGAACCAUUAACUCUUUCUGUUUUCCUGACCUGAGACCUGAGGAGGUGGAUUCACUGAAUACAUCGAAGGUGGAAAUUGACAGCCAACGAAGGAUAUUGGGACAGCACAGGAAAAUGGUACUGAGGCCAAAAUUGAAUCGGCCACGAUGAAGCAGGCGCGAUCCAUCCCACAGCCUCCAUGCUGAUCAAGAUGUGACCCCCAGGGGUAAACGGCAGCCUGGAGAUUUCUCCAGGGAAUGUUGGAAGGACGGGAUUCUCUCCUCGUUACCACCACAUCUCUCCUUCAGGAUCCAGAGACCCCUGGGGCGUUUGCUGACGUUUUGGGACUUGCCCUGAGGUUUGAGGGAAGGGACUGGUUCCAAACGUCGGCCUGGAAACUUCUCCCAGCUGGAUAACCGGAGACAGGUCGGGACCAGGCUCGGGGGCUCCACGGAGGGAGGAGAAGUGCUGGACACGAUGACGGAGAUAUAGACCUUCCCUCCCCCAACCACUGGGGGGGGGGGGCGACCUGCUGGACAGGAGAUGGAGGUCCCCACACAAUCCGAGGAGGAUCUCCCCACAUCCGGCGCUCCCAACGCCUCCGGGGCCGCCGGCCAAACUCUGGACUCCGACACUAUCAUUAUCUCCUCCAUAUACGCCCUGGUGUGCUGCGUGGGGGUGCUGGGCAAUUCCAUGGUCAUCUACGUGGUCCUGAGGUACGCCAAGAUGAAGACGGCCACCAACAUCUACAUCCUGAACCUGGCGGUGGCUGACGAGCUCUUCAUGGCCAGCAUGCCCUUCCUGGCCACCUCGGCCGCCCUGCACCACUGGCCCUUCGGCUCGGUGGCCUGUAGACUAGUCCUCAGUAUCGACGGCAUCAACAUGUUCACCAGCGUCUUCUGCCUGACGGUGCUGAGCGUGGACCGCUACAUCGCCGUGGUCCAUCCCAUCAAAGCGGCGACCUACCGGAGGUUGUCCGUGGCCAAAGUCAUCAACGUCCUGGUCUGGGCUUUCUCCCUCCUGGUCAUAGUCCCCAUCAUUGUUUUCGCUGACACCCAGCAGACAGAGAGCGGGGCGGUCAUCUGCAACUUACUCUGGCCCCAGAAGUCCUGGUCCAAGGUCUUUGUGGUCUACACCUUCCUGGUGGGCUUCCUAUUCCCCGUGUCCGCCAUCUGCCUCUGUUACCUCCUGAUCGUGGUCAAAAUGAGGGCCGUCUCCCUCAAGGCGGGGUGGCUUCAGCGGAGGAAGUCGGAGAAGAUGAUCACCUGGAUGGUCAUGCUGGUGGUGGCGGUGUUCGCCGUCUGCUGGACUCCGUUCUACACCGUCCAACUGGUCAACGUGUUCUGGUUCCAGCCCGACCCCACCCUCACUCAGCUGGUGGUCAUCCUGAGCUACGCCAACAGCGGCGCCAACCCCAUCCUCUACGGCUUCGUCUCCGAGAACUUCCGCCAGUCCUUCCAGAGGAUCCUCUGCAUCCGCUGCUCCCGGGGAGUCGUGGAGGAGCGGAUGGACUACCGUGCGCUGGCCCUCAGCGCCAAAGCGCACGUCCCCGACGCGGCGCAGCCGGAGCGCCCGGAGUCCGGGAUGGUCUACCCCAACGGGACGUGCACGUCGCGGACCACGGCGCUGUGAGGUGGGGAGUGGGGAGGGGGUCCCUCAACCCCCGGCGAAAGGAGCACCCCCCAUUCCAUCGCCUCGGGGUGUCCCGGGGCCCCUUCUUCAUUACAGUGUGUUAGCGAUGGGCAGCACGGCGUCUUCCCCGUGCACAGCAAGA